AUGAAACGAAAUAGCUUGAAAAUCUGCAGCCGCUGCAUUGGUCGAGACAGGAAGAAAGCCCUCGACGAGCCCUACUUCUUCAGCGCUGCGAAUAACCUCGACUUUGGGGAAGUCCCCGGCAAUCUACCCGAUCUAACGAUGGUUGAGGAGAUGCUUAUUGCUAGGAUUCACGUACACGUCAAGGUCCUACAAGUGCGUGGCGCUCAAUACAAAUAUCGCGGCCACGUUAUCCACUUUCUUCGCAACAUUGGUAGGCUAUUUGAAGAGCUCCCAGUGCUACCGAAGGAGCUAGAUAUCGUGCUCCUACGGCCUCCUAAUAUGGAAGGCGACCCUCGCUUCCAGCAACAGUUUGCUCGCGAUUUCCGGCGCCACCACCCGGGCUAUCGCGAUAUCGUCUAUAUGUCGCAUAGCGCGCAGGCUCACCACCAGAUGCCAUUGCCAUCCAUUCGCAGGACCCCUAUCGACGAAUUCAACCGUUCCCAGCCGCUGUUAUCGCUUGCGUUCCCUACCCUCUACCCUGACGGCAAGGCCGACUUCGUGGAGCCUCGCCUACGGAGCAUCACGUACCAGGACUACCUUGGCCAUGCGAUGAGAUGGCAUGACGGACGUUUUGCCCGCCAUAAAACGUGGCCUUUCGUCGCCCUCAACACGCUGCUACGUGCGCAGGUCCGAAAGCGAAGUGACUACUUCGUCAAGCAACGCGACAGCCGCCGUCAACCCCUUACACGCGCUGACCUAGAGGAAGCGAUGGCUGAGCCUGAUGAGCCAGAGGCUCAGGACCUGAUCCAGUCGAUCACGCGCCAAGCCGCGGUAAUCAGGGGCACCCGGCCGUAUUGGUAUAAGCAAAGGAAGGAAUUGGAAGCAUAUGCCUACAAUCUGGGCAGACCUGGCCUUUUCGUUACUGCAAAGUGGAAAGCAGCUCCUGAGGCGGCGCGCAUGGUCCUGUCCCGGCAACUACUGCGAGACAACGCCCACAUCGCCGCCUACCACUUCUACAAGCGUUAUACGCUUCUACGACUAUUGUCCUGA